CAACACCAAGUCCUUCUGUUAACAUGGCAAAACGCAGUGUUGUGGUUAUCGGCGCCACCGGCUCUCAGGGCGGGUCCGUUAUAGAAGAGCUCCUUCAACACCCUGAUCUCUACCAUAUCAGGGGGUUAACCAGGGAUCCCGCCAAGCCCGCCGCACAAGCACUCGCAGCACGCGGCGUUGAAGUCCAGUACGCAGACUUGGACGACGGCAGAGAGGCCCUCGCCACAGCCUUUACCGGUGCACACGUUAUCUAUGCACUGACGGACUUCUGGCAGAAGCAGUCAGCCUCUGCUGAAAUUGAGCAGGGCAAAGCCAUCGCUGAUGCUGCAGCCGCAACUGCAACACUGCAGCACUUUAUAUGGAGCGCAUUGCCAGACCCGGUUGCGUUGUCAGGGGGUCAAUUUCUGAAUGUACACCACUGGAAAAGCAAGAGCUUGAUUACUGAGUAUAUUCGGACCAGUAAACCAGAACUGUGGGCAAAGACCACGACCGUGCUGUUUCCUAAUUAUUUUGAGAACUGUUUGACCUAUCCCGACCGGUAUCUGCCCACCAAGGAUGAGUCUGGGACCUACACUCUCAAAUUCCCCCACAGCCCUGCUACAGUGCUGCCGAACGUUGCCAUUUCCGAUACGGGGAAGCUGGUCCACAUAGUCCUCCAAGCCGGCGCAGUAUACUUCACAAAGACAAUUGUAUUCUGGGCCCAAGGCCUGUCCGAGGCCAACAAACUGGCUGAAUUGGGACAGCACUACAAUGUCCCGACUCGCUAUGUCCCAGUGAGCGCCGCCGAAUUCCAGGAGAUCCUUAUGACCCAUAGCGGCUUGUCAGACGAUAUUGCACUAGACUUCACCGAGCAACUGAUGAUCUUCGAAAAGUGCGGAAACGUCUACGCAAGUGAUGAAUUUGUCCAGGCAAGAGACAUUCCUGGUCUAAAGCUUCAGACUUGGUCUGAGUUUAUUCGCCAGCAUAGAUUGCUGAAGGAGGCGUAACUGGAAUGUAGCGCAUAGGGCUGGAUGUCCCGUUGGGGAAAUUAUGCCAAGACGGAAGUCCGAGAAGUUGCGAUUACUCAGCGGGGGCUAACCACCCACUUAUAGUCAAUCAUUGUAGCUGUUAUCGAAAUUAGUUUUUGC